AUGCCUCAAAAGAGUACUAGUAAAAACCAGAAUAAGGCCCCAGCAGCAGCUCCAAAGCCUCGCCCUCACGCCCCCAAGACCACUACUGUUGCUGCUGCCCAUCCAGCUGAUACACAGCCCACCGGCACCCAACUUCAAGCCACUCAGCCAACCAUUACCCAAUCAGACACUAUCCAGCCGGCUAUCAUCGAGUCUGCAGGCACCCAGCCAGCAGUCGCCCAGCCCGUCAUCAAUCAGCCUGCUGCCACCCAGCCUGCCCCAGCUGCCGCCUACCCUGCUGCGACUCAGCCAGGCCCCAUUGCCGCAAACACAGAAAUCAUUAUUCAAAACUUACAGGAUGCGUGGCUCUGUCUAUUGAUGAUCAAGAGUACUACUUACAGUAUUUAUGUUAUAGCUGAGUUGGCUCGGGCUCAGGCUGCCAUUGCAGCUGCUGCCGGCGCUCAAGCUGCAGGAGCUGGCGGUGUCCCUGCUGGUUCAAUUCCUAGGCCUAAGAGUAGUGCCGGAGGUGGCAGGAACAGCUUUCAUCUGCGAGAGGAGAUGGAUCUUAGAGAGUUGGAAAUCCAGAUGUUGAAGUACAACGUCAUUCUGGCUACCAUUCACCGCUGCGCUCACGCCGCAUCUAUUAACUUAAAGGGUGGCUACAAGCAUAUUAAGCCUGAGGACCUUGCGAAGGUCUUUGCUUUGUCUAAGAGGUUGCAGCCAUAUUUCACAAGGUUCAAGAACGACUGGGCAACUGCCGAGAUUCUCAAGCAGUAUAUGCACAGUGUCUCGCGCGACGCCAAGAAGAAGCUCAAGAUUGCCACGGCGAACAGCGGCGCAGAUGCCUGUGGUGCUCAGAGCCUUGAUGACGCUCUCAACGGCAUCUAG